AUGAAGUUCUUGACCGGUCUCAUUCUGCUUGCCUCCCUUGCGAGCGCCAACCCCGUUAACACCACCAACCCCGUGAAUACCAUCAAACCCACGAACAUUACCGUAUCUGUGAACACCACUAAUCCUCUGAAUACCACCCAGACACCUAUCAGGAUCAAGCUUAAACGCGGCUCUAGUAACACAGGGGUCAAGAUCUUUUUGACAAACACAGACUCAAAGCCCUGGAAGCUCUUCAAACCUGCCACCAUAUUGGACAAGGCCGCCGUUGAAAAGGUGGCCGUCUAUUCCAACAGCACGCGAGUGUCCUUCGACGGCGUGCGGUUACGCAUUGCUCCGCAGAACCUCAUGACGGACGAAGCCUUCCAGACGAUCAAGGGCGGUCAGACCAUGGAGAUCCGGUUCGAUUUCGGACAGACGCACGACCUCGGCGACAGCGGCGUCUACGAUCUCUUGGUCAAGAGCGGCAUCCCGUACGCCAAGGAAGGUACCACCGAGAUCGCCGGCGUUAUCCCAAUCACCAGCAACACGCUCAAGGUCAAAGACGUCGAUACCAAGGUGGCGGCGCUCACCCGCAUGGCCUUCCACCAGUCUAUAAAGCGCACCAUAGUACAGGCCGACUGUCAGGGCGAUGAGUUGGACACUGUGAAUUUGGCACUCAACAACUGUGUAACACUCGCUCAACAAGCCGCCAACGCCACCAGCAACGACACGCGAAUGGACGAGUACUUCAAAGACACGUCGGAUGAAGCCAAGUACAAUGUCACCGAUGUCUUCAACAAGAUAGCGGGAGAGUGCCAGAGCAACAUAGACGGCGUGUCCCAGCAGUACUGCGGCGAUGUCUACAAGUCGUGCUCGCCUGGCGUCCUAGCCUACACGGUCCCCGCGUACAGCUACAUGGUCAAUUGCCCCCUUUACUUCAGCGCGCUUCCGAGUCUCACCACGAGUUGCCACGGGCAGGACCAGACCACCACGACCCUUCACGAAAUGACGCACUUGAUCCAGAUGAAGGGAACACUCGACUUUGGUGUCUACGGCUACGAUGCGAUGAAGACGCUCGAGUCAAGUCAAAACUUGAACCAUGCCGACACCUACUGCCUAUUUGCCAAUGGUAAGCUUGUCUUGAGCUAA